AAGCUCUGUCUUCUUGCUGUCUCAAAUUAGUCCACUGUGUCUCCUCUGACCAUCACAUUCCACGUCACCACGCACCAACAGUGUGAAAUUAAUGUUAGGCACAAAAUUAUCCUUGCCAUUUUUGUCGUUUGUCUCCCUUUCCCCAUUUUCAUCGCGUCCAAGGAGAAAAUUUUCCUAGCCAUUUUGUCUGGUUUAGAUUAUUUGUCAUUUUCAUCGAGAAGGAAAAGGAAUGCAUGAAUGUGCAUGGCGGAGCUAUGCAAAAACAGAGAAGAAAAGGAAUUGGAUGGAUUAAUGUGAAAUAGGAGGAAAGAGAGAAUCAUGAAGGCAUGGGAGGCAACAGUCCGGAAAACGCAGGCGGCGGCGAAGAAGCGCGCCAACACGAUUUUCGGGACCUCAUACGCCGUAGAGACAGAGGAGGAGGUGGGGUCGGAUCACGAGGAGGAGCUCCAUGCGUCGGGGGAGGUGUACCACGCGGAGAGGUUCCUCCCCAACGGGGACUACUACACCGGCUAUUGGUCCGACAGCUUCCCCCACGGGCAGGGCAAGUACUGGUGGACGGACGGCUGCAUGUACGUCGGGGAGUGGUUCAAGGGCAAGACCAUGGGCAAGGGCACAUUUAGUUGGCCCUCCGGAGCCAUGUACGAGGGCAAUUUCAAGAGCGGUUUCAUGGAUGGCGACGGCACCUACACCGGUGCCAUAGGGGGCACCUAUAAAGGGUCGUGGGUGAUGAAUUUGAAGCACGGCUUCGGGGUCAAGGACUACCCCAAUGGGGAUGUCUACGAGGGUGAAUGGAGCCGCGGCUCGCAGGAGGGCCAGGGGAAGUACACUUGGAAAAUUGGAACUAUAUAUGUUGGAGAGUGGAAGAAUGGCAAGAUUUGUGGGCAUGGCACAAUGUCUUGGCCUAAUGGGAAUGUGUAUGAGGGGAAUUGGGAUGAGGGCUUGCCUAAGGGCAACGGCACGUUUAGGUGGGGCGAUGGGAGCUCGUAUGUCGGGAACUGGAGCAGUGAUCUUGAGGAACAGAAUGGGACAUACUAUCCUUCCCCAUCACAGAGUGAAGGAGGUGCUGCAUUUGAGUGGGAUCCUCAGCAGGUUUUUACUGAAGAUUUGAAGGAGUGCAAGAUUUGCCCCACUGAGAAGAUACCGGUGUGGCCCUCGCAGAAGAAGCUAGCCGUGUGGAGGUCUGCAAAGGGAGGGGCAGAGGCGAGUGUGAGGCACAGGAGGAUGUCUGUGGAUGGGAGGAUAGAUGCAGGGCUGGAUAAGGAUUUGGGGGGGAUGCGCUUGUCUGAUGGGGCUGCCCCCUCGGCUUGGAUCUCGGGGACCGGCAUGGGAGGGGAUGGCGAGGAUUUAUGCCGUGCUGUAGCCAUUUCGCCUACGCCUAUCAAGUUGCCCAAGAUCGCCAAGAGACAGGGGGAGACCAUCUCUAAAGGGCAUAGGAAUUAUGACCUCAUGCUCAAUUUGCAGCUUGGGAUUAGGCAUUCGGUGGGGAGGCCGGGGCCGCCUCCAUCACUUGAUCUGAAGACGUCGGCUUUUGAUCCCAAGGAGAAGUUCUGGACAAAGUUCCCUCCAGAAGGUUCCAAGAUCACCCCACCACACAAUUCAUGUGAGUUUAAAUGGAAAGACUACUGCCCCAAAGUGUUCAGAACACUAAGGAUGUUGUUUAAGGUGGAUCCAGCAGACUACAUGUUGUCAAUAUGUGGCAAUGAUGCUCUUCGAGAGCUCUCUUCACCCGGAAAAAGUGGGAGCUUCUUUUACCUCACCAACGACGAUCGUUAUAUGAUCAAGACAAUGAAGAAAGCAGAAGUAAAAGUGCUUUUAAGGAUGCUAAGCGCGUAUUACAACCACGUUCGUUCAUUUGAUAACACCCUCGUCACCAAAUACUUCGGCCUGCAUUGUGUAAAGUUGAAUGGACAGAAGGUUCGUUUCAUCAUCAUGGGGAAUCUAUUCUGCACCGAGUAUCUGAUCCAUAGAAGAUAUGACUUGAAAGGAUCCACAUUUGGGAGAUUGACUGAUAAACCAGAAUCAGAAAUUGACUCCAAUACAACACUCAAGGAUCUUGAUCUCAACUUCAUUUUUCGACUGCAAAAGACAUGGUAUCAAGAGUUUAGAAGACAAGUCGAUAGAGACUGUGAGUUUCUUGAACAGGAAAGAAUCAUGGACUACAGCCUUCUAGUUGGUAUUCACUUCACAGAAGCAUUAACAUCAACUGAUCAUGAGCGCUCUGUAACGCCCUCUUGUCGGACACCCGUUGACAAUGGUGGCUCAGAAAAUGACUCAGUUCCAAGACUAUCAAAUGUAGAACAGUUGCUUUUAGACCCUGCGGGGUGGGCUAGCAUUCGAUUGGGAAUCAACAUGCCUGCAAGAGUGGAAAGAACACUCAGAACAAAUGAGGCGGAGCUUCAGUUAAUCGGAGAGCCAACAGGAGAGUACUAUGAUGUAGUACUCUUCUUUGGGAUCAUAGACAUUCUUCAAGACUACGACAUCACCAAGAAGCUCGAACACGCGUACAAAUCCAUCCAGUAUGAUCCCAACUCCAUAUCAGCAGUCGAUCCGAAGCAGUACGCAAGGCGUUUUCGAGACUACAUACUCAAAGCCUUUGCAGAAGACAGAUGAAACUACAGUGAUUUGUCUGAGGUCGUGUUUUUUCAAUUUUUGACAUUAAUAGAUAGCAUCUAUAUAUAAAAUAGGUAUAUAAAAUGUGAAGUUAUUUUCAUUCUUUCUGCGUAUAUUCUCUUAUUCUUUUCUCUCUGUGUAAUAUUCAAGCCCAGCUUAAUCUGGGGGGGGGGGGGGGGGGGAGUACAUCAAAAAUAACAAUUCCCAAUAUAUGUUACCGGUUUGUCACUAUCAGGGCAUGUUUUUCCAUCAACUUUUUCUAUUUGUAUAAACUUUGCCAUGUAGAGGAAUAAAACUUACAAAAUUCAAGUAAAGUUUUGCUCAACCGAACAAAGAUACCUACAAAAAUCAAGGCAAAAAUUUCAAUUUGCCAGUUGCCACAGUUUAUAGAAGCGCCAUGAAAAGCUCAAAAACUGCUGCAAUCCACAUAAUGCAAACAGCAUACUUCGUCAGUUUUGGAAUUUCGUUAUCGUAACGGAUCUUAAAAGCACUCUUAUAUUGCAGGCUUGCAGCAUAAGUUGGUGUAGUGAUCAAAAGUAUUGCUCAAAAUCAGAUAGCAAUGGCCAAAAAGCAAAAAUAAGAAGUAAAAUAACACAAAAUAAAAAUGUACAAUACUGAUUUCUCCAAAUAAACAAGAAGUUAUGAUAUCACAACUGAAAUUUGCAAACAUCAACGUCACAACCAACUUGAUGCAAAACCAAAACGACUCACCAGCAAAUUGGUGUCUUGCUUUUACAAGAAAAGCAUAAACCAUGAAAUACCUUAUUCUGUUUACGAGAUAUAGCCUAUUUAUUAUUAAACCUAACAUUCAUGGGAUAUUUCUGAUAUGGGAGAAAUUUCGGUUUCUGAACUUAGGCAGACUUAACAACUGCUAAACAUACGUCAUAGGAUACUGGAUAUUGAUACUUCUCACUCAUCAUGGAACUAUGGCAGAGACACAGAUUCAGUCUAGAAACUUCCAACUAGAAUUGCGCAAACUUUGAACUCCAUCCAGAUAGGACCACCGUCAACCACAAUCAGCUACCCCUCAAGCCUUUCCCCAUUUAAUCCAAGCAGACAAAGGCAAUCUUGCUUCCAUAGUAUCCAAGUACUCCACCACCUAUUGACAUCUUCAGCUCCAUUCAACCGACCUUGGAAAUCUUGGCACAAGCUA